UUUCCUUGAAAUUUCAGGAAAAUGUUUGUCGGUGGCCUCAGUUGGGAUACAAGCAAAAAAGACUUGAAGGAUUACUUCACCAAGUUUGGUGAGGUGACUGACUGUACGAUAAAGAUGGACCCUAACACAGGAAGAUCCAGAGGCUUUGGAUUUAUUCUUUUCAAAGAACCUGGAAGUGUUGAAAAGGUUCUGGAACAGAAAGAACACAGGCUAGAUGGACGAUUAAUUGACCCCAAGAAGGCCAUGGCAAUGAAAAAGGAUCCAGUGAAGAAAAUAUUUGUUGGCGGACUUAACCCAGAAGCCACAGAAGAGAAAAUCAGGGAAUACUUUGGAGAGUUUGGAGAGAUUGAAGCGAUUGAACUUCCCAUGGAUCCAAAGACCAACAAAAGGAGGGGUUUUGUGUUCAUCACUUUCAAGGAAGAGGAUCCAGUGAAGAAGAUCUUGGAGAAGAAAUUCCAUAACGUCAGUGGAAGCAAGUGUGAGAUUAAGGUAGCACAGCCAAAAGAAGUUUACCAGCAGCAACAGUUCAGUAGUGGUGGCGGAAGAGGUAGCUAUGGAGGAAGAGGCAGAGGUGGAAGAGGCGGUGGUCAAGGCAGUGCAAAUUAUGGGAAGACACCAAGACGUGGUGGCCAUCAGAAUAACUACAAGCCAUAUUGAUCAAACUUAUUCAGGUAUGCAGUGGCAUGGUCUCUUUUGGAAAAUGACUGCAUAGGUUUUGUAUACAAUGCUGUAGAUGGAUAUUUCAGUUCUGUACCAAAUUUAACUUUACAAUAAAUUUCUAUGGCCUGUUAAAUGUGCAUCUUACUUGGAAGAGCUCCCUGGAAAUGUUUUACAUGUUUAAUACUUACAGAUACUAGUUGUCUAGACAGUGUGGUGUGUAAAUUUCAGCCUUGCUGAAGAUAUUAAUUAAUGAUUUUAUUAAUAGGUUAAACUGAAACUGAUUUUGAGGGUCUGCUUAAAGCUGCAGCUCUGCAUCUAGGGACUGCCUCUUGGAGUUAACUAUGGACUCUGCAUUACUCCAGUUGUACAGAAUGAGAUGCAUCUUAGGGAACCAGUGUCACUUUCCACCUUUUUAUUUUGUAUUGUUUUUGUGUCAUACAUUUCCUGUAAUGGAAGUGUUAAUUUUACUGUACUUUUUGGUACCUUUUUGGAAUCUAAUGUAUUGUAAGGUAUUUUACAUGUGUUCUGAUUCACCAUGACAUGGAUAUUGAAGCUAUCCUAGCUUUUGAAAUAAAAAAGGCGUAAUCUAGUGUCUUGUGCCAUUCUUCAGCUUAUGUACUAGCAAAAUGCCAGCAUUUUUGUUCCCAGAAUUUAGUUUGCAGCAGUACCUAGAUGAAAAGCUGGGCUUAAAUGCUCUUAAAGGAGAGGGCUGUGUUGGUAGUUGUGCUCCCUUGCAGAUAAGGGGCAGCCAAACACUGUGGUUGCUGCUUGGAGGCUACAGAAUAGCACUCGGGUGGAAUUCCCCAGCUGCUGUGGUGGCUGUGCGGGAGUGAGGUUGGCUCCUGUCCGAGGCAAGUGCAGUGGCUCAGUGUAAUGGUAUUAGUCUCUGGUGCAGGGUUCUUGCAGGUGGAAGCAGAGGCUUUAUGUUUGGAGUCUAGACAGGAGGCAGCUAGGAAUGAGAAGUGUGUUAAGAGCUAGCUGCACUCAUGGUUUACUGUUUAAAAGUCUGAGGGAUUUAUGCAAGUUUCAUAUACUUGCCCUGAAAGACAGGUUAGGUAGGAAAUGAAAUUACCAAUGCAAAGUCUGAAUUUUGCAGCCUUUUUUUGUGUACCAGAAAAGGCUGAGGAACUUCCACUAAAGUUGUGGGAGGCAAAACAACAACGUUGCCUCUAAAGAUGUGUCUGCUCUCUCAAGAUAAGUGACCAGCUAGAAAUAGUCUCCUCUUCUGACUAGUUUCUUACUAUUUUUAGGAAAUAACUUACAUAAUUGGUUUAUCUUGCUGCAGAAUUCUCACCCAAAUGUAGCUUCAUAAAGUGCUGCUGCCCAAAGUAAACUUAGUUGCUGCAGUAAUCAGUUUGAUUCUAUUUCCCUGUUAAAGCUAAAAUAUUUUUUCUUGUAAUGAAUUCUCUUUGCAUGAACAGGAAACAUGGGUGGAAGUAAACUAAGUAACAAGGAAAACGGGUGUUAUUUGUGAGCUCUUCAACUUUAUACAAGUGAUGCAGCUAUUGCUGCAGGAAUUUAUAAUCUGCUGCUCCCUACUGGCUGUCCUUGAGCAAGACUUCUAACUAUAAAGUUAGAAAUCUGUAAGACUUGUUCAUACAUGCAAGAGUUCAUACUCUUGAGUCUAAGAUUUCAAAUCAGCUUCUGUCUGAGAGCUGACAUGACAGCUUUAUAGCUGGAAUAUGUAACCUAAUGUCCAGCCAUAAAGAAAAUGCAAAACUGCAGUUCCUUAAAACAAGUGAUUGCAGUACUUUUAAGUAUUUCUGUCUCCACACUUGAAGAAUGAAAAUAAAGAUAUUUAACUGUUGCAUCCUGUUACUUGGUUUCUUGUGAACUAAGAGGCAGCAGAAUCUUUUUCUAGAAGGCAGUUUGCCCUCUAAAGGGAAAUGUGCAUAAAAAUCUACCUGGACUGUAGUGGCAGCAGCAUUCCUGGCUAGUGUGUUAACAGCAGCUUGUUAGCUGGCUGUUAUAUUAGUUCUUUUUGGAAGUAGGUCCUCAGGUAAGGCUUCCUUACCAGGUGAUACAGCCCAAGGCAGAUGCUGAGGAUGCUAGCAUAUUGUUGCAGAGUUGGCUUUCUCCUUGUGUGAAAAGUCUGAUGCAAGAAGAUGUAAGUACCUGGUAAAGAGAGACUUGGACACAAGUGUUUCUCAUGGCUGUAGUAUGCUCUCAUUCACUAAACCUACUUGGAUAUUUCUUGAGGACAGAGUAUUUCUUAAGAACAGCCUUGAGAGCCUUCU